AUGUAUGCUACAGAGAUAAAAGCGUUGAAGGAGGGAUUGAUGAUCGACUUUCGAAACGUAUUCGGUGGGGGUGUGAUUGGCUUGAGGCUUGAUAUGUACAACUGGGGGCGUCUGAGCGAAUUGCCACCCAGCAACUUGUUCAUGACUGACGAACAAGUCAAGGCACGACACUCCCACUCUUCGACUCGCAAGUUCAGCCGUGCUCAACCGCUUCCACACCCUUAACAGCUGAUAACACAGAUCUUGUGCAUUAAGAACUGCCCCGCUUCACGGGACGUAGCUGCUCCCCCUCCUCCCCCCACAGAAAAAAGAAGAAGAAACGAAAACACAGUCAGUGAACUCGCAGCUCAAAAGUAUUAGCCGUCCUUAUCCUAAGCUCUUCUUCCUCGGCAACAGCAGUAUUCUAUCAGCACCGAAAGUCGUUAUCGCUCGUUAUCGACUGGAGGAACACGUGUGUGCUGUUGCUUUCGAUUUGCACAAAACCAAAACCAAAAAAAAAAAAACCAAAAACUCAGAUCCAAAUUGCCAGUUGAACAUAUAAUAACACAGCAGCUGAACACGAGGAAAGAAACCAGUCCGCAUACACACAACUCUUUCAUCCUCCUCUCCUUCCUUCCAAGUUCUAGUUUGGUCAACAGACCCACAAGCAGUACCCUCUCUUCCCCAUCUCCCUCUCUUCUUCUUGACCACUCCACCACUCAACACCAACCACUCAACAUUAACCAACCAACCAACCAGCAAGUCAUCAAACAAACCAGAACAAGAAC